UUUUUCAGGUCAGUUAUUCUCUCUCUUUCCUUAUUGGGCUUCACAAAGGACAGUAGUUUCUGUGCUCCGCCAGCUUUCAUUUCCGCCAGGAAUAACAAAAAUAAUGUGUAGGUUUCAGCCACACACACUCCACUCUCAGGUGCUCUCUUGUGCUCUUUGAAUUUUGAAAAUGGCUCCUUUGCGUCUUGGCGGUGGAUGCAUUGGCUUCACUUGGUGAUGAGUGUCAGUCUUCAAAGAGGUCUUGACAAGGUAUUUAUUAAUUCCUGGUUUCACCCUUCAGCAUGAAAUCGGGACCAAAGGAUGGCUGGCACUCUAUUAUGCCUCUUUGUUUGAGAGGCAAAGCAGCCUCACGUUUUUGCAUGUUUCCAAAGGUGAAGACAGCAGGCUACAUUCCAGGGAGCGCACCUGUCUAUCUGAAUGUCUAUGACUUGACACCAGCAAAUGGCUAUGUCUAUUGGGCAGGCCUUGGUAUCUUUCACUCCGGGGUAGAAGUUCAUGGUGUAGAAUAUGCCUUUGGAGCGCAUGAGUACUCAUCAAGUGGUGUCUUUGAGGUUGAACCUCGACAAUGCCCUGGCUUCAAGUUUAGAAGGUCAAUUUUCAUUGGCAUGACAUGCUUGGAUCCAUUCCAGGUUAGAGAGUUCAUGGAGCAUCAAUCUGCAAUUUACAAUGGUGACUCGUAUCACUUGAUUGUAAGGAACUGCAACCAUUUCUGUGAGGAUAUAUGUUAUAAGCUCACCAGAAAACCAAUACCAAAAUGGGUCAACCGACUUGCAAGAAUAGGUUCACUGUGCAACUGUAUACUUCCGGACACCCUUAAGACGACCACUGUUCCACAUGACCCCAAUUUCCAAAGAUGUGAAAGUGAAAGAAAGAGACUAAGAAGUGCUUUCACUUGCUUGUCAUCAAUGUCAAUGCCUCAGAGGGAAGUAUCAAUGUCGUCGUUGUUUCUACAUUCUCACUAUAAAGGCUGCUUACCACCAUGGGAGUUUAAAAGGUCUAGAAAUGACUCAUUGAAGGAAGGUUGAGAAAAUCCGUCAACAUUUCCUUCGGUUCAAAGAAUCCCAACCAACCAUCUGUCUGCAAUGCUGAGCUAGUGGGGAAGGUCACUUUCAUUAUUCAAGAGUCGUAGGAGGGCAAACAUGUUGUUGUUUUGAUUGGAGUGUAAAACCACUGGGUUACUGUGAUUUCCUGCUAACCAGUGUUUGUGAAGUUUGCUUGUUGUAUUUGUACGAUUGUAUUUUAAAAUCUCUGAUGUUAGAGUUACACAUGUGCAGUCAUAUAAUUAUAGGAGAGAGCAAUGCCUUGCUUCAUUGCUAUCAAAGUAUAUUGAGCUUCAUGUUCUUCUGGCACUCUCACUUGCAAAAAGUGUCAUUUCUGUGGCUUUACUUCCAAUUUUUUCA